AUGGCGGCGAGGCUUAGGCAUCUCGGGAUUCGAGUGAAGACGGUCAUCGAGGAAGAGAGGUGCUUCAUCGUGUUGGGGGGCCCGCUACCGAAGAUUCCGCAGAUCGUUAUGGCUUUUGGGGCGAACUCGGGAGUCGUGCACCCAGCGACUGGGUACACGUUGGCUCGGGCGAUGGCGGUGGCGCCAGCUGUCGCGGGGGCGAUUGUCGAGUGCCUUGGUGGCGGCGGAGGGUCGGUUAUUCGUGGGCCCGAGAUGUGUGGGAAGGUGUGGGAGAGCUUGUGGCCGGUGGAGAAGAGGAGGGAGAGGGAGUUUCAGAACUUGGGGAUGGAGAUAAUGCUGAGGCUUGAUUUGGAGAAGACGAGGAGGUUUGUUGAAAGCUUUUUCGAGGUCGAGCCUCGGUAUUGGCAAGGGUUCUUGUCCGGGAGGCUGUCGCUCGGGGAGCUUUUCGCGUUCGGUUUGUCGAGUUUUGGAAAGGCGUCGGCUCGUGGGAAGUUGGAUAUAGUGACCACGAGCCCUGUGCCGGUCGCUAAAUUCAUUCGUAAUUUGGCGUUUGGAGAUGUUUGA